UGUGACUUGUCAAAAAUGAUAAACAAAAACAAUAAUAAUAAAUAAAUUCACAGUUUUAUUAAUUAAAACAAAAUAAAAGUGCAAUAAUAAUAAUAAAUAGAAUGAAAAUAACAAAUUCAAAAACAGAAUUAAGCAGCAAUGAAUUUGUGGAAAUUCAACGAAAAUAUAAAUUGCAAAACAAACAUUACCGAACCAAUAAUAAAAAUAGCAAGUAUUAACAAUAAUUUAUUUAUUUUAACAAUAAACAAUAACCUUUAUCAAGGCCUAGUUGAAGAAAAUAGCAUAUCUUUAUCAAUAAUUGAUAAAUUCAAACCCCUAAAUAUAGAAACUUACAAAGAUAGCAUCUAUUUGAUAAACACAGAAGGCCACAUGUUAAUAUGCAAUGAACAAUUAGAAAUUCUUAAUUCAAUUUCAUUAAUUGAAGAGUUUAAAUGUCCCGAAGGACACGAGGCAGUUAUAAGCCAAAAAUUGAAAAUAAUCAAAUUUGCAAUUAAUGAUUUUGGGUGUUUGUUUUUGUCAGAAACAAAUCAACUAUGGGGCAGCUCUAAACCCAACGAAACCCCAAAGAAAAUUGAGUUUCUCUUAGACAAAUAUGUCUAUGAUUUUGCUAUAGGGCUUGAUUAUGCUUUAGUUUUAGUUGGCAAACAAACUAAUGAGUUAUUAUUAAUUGAGAAUUCAAUUUGUAAAAUUUGCAAUAAUGAACAAAGCAUUGAUGUUUGUCCAUUGGGAAUUAAAUUAUUAAACAACGAAGACAGUAUUGAAGAGGAAAUUGUUGCUACAACAAAAAAUAUUAUAUUUCGAAAUACAGAAGCAGCCAAAGAGUUUUUAACUAAACAAAUAUCAAAAAUGUCUUCAAUAGAAUCAAAAAUAAUCAAAGAAAACAUGUCAAAUGUUGCUACAUUUGUUUACGAAGGAGUUAAAUCUCUUUCUAGGCAUGUAAGUUCUAGUUCAGAGUGCACUGAAAAUAAUAAUCUUAAAAAGAAUUCCAAAGAAGAUUUAUCAAUUAGUCAAAGUAGCACUUUUGAUGGGGAUUUGUCUGAAGUUGGUAAUUUGGAUGGGAUUUUGAAAAAGGGGGCCGAUUUGUUGAAUAGGGAAGUUUGGAUGUGGGGAGAUGUGAAAUGUGGAUCUUCAGGUGCAGAAAAACCCACUGACUCACCCACAAUAAUCUCUUCCUUAUCAAAUUUGGGCAUCACAAAAGUCUCAUUACAAGGCACCCAAUGUUGUGCCCUAACCCUUGACGGAAGGGCCUUCAUUUGGGCCCAAAACUCUUUACCGAAACAAUUCCAAACUGAGUCAAAUGAACGAAUCAGUGAUGCCUCAUGUGGCUUAAAUUUUACUGUGAUUUUAAGUAAUAAGUCAAUGUAUUUUGAUCAAGAAGCUUCAAGUUACCAAAUACAAAAUACAAUUAAUAAUUCGUUAUUGGUUGAUAAGGAGCUUGUUUUGUUAAAUGUUGGUGCAAAAUUUGAUGUGGAUUUUUGCAUUAAAGAGCAAAUUAUUUUAGAGGAAAUGUUAUUGGUGCAGCAUACAUUAUUAACUGAUGAUUAUUUAUGUAAAUGUUACAUAGAUUUAUUAAACUUUUUAGCAGCCAAUUUAGAAUCUUUAAUAAUGCCAAUGAAUGAUAUUUUAAUUGUAAAUAAUAUAAAAGAGUUUAUAAUUGUUUAUAAAAAUUAUGUAAAAGCUAUUCAAGAUGUUUUAUGUAUAAACGGUUGUGAACAUAUCAGCAAACUAUUGAAUCCUCUUAAAAAUACUAGUCAUUAUAUGGAUUUUUAUAAAAAAUACUCAACCAAAGAACAUCAAACCAAAUGGCAAGAGUUUAUUGAUUUUAUUGAAACAAAAUCAAAAGACACUGAAAAAACUUUAAGUUUCUGGCAAACCAACUCAAAAUCAAUUGACUGUCUUAAAACCCCAAAUAGGAGAUUCAUAUUGGACAGCCAAAUUGAUCCAAUAAACAUGCAAAACUCUAGCAUCUUUUCCUCACACAGAUUCAUAUUAUUUUCCGACAUUUUUGCCCAUAUUACCGGAUCUAGUAAUCAUUAUUUGCACCCUUUGACAACAAUUUGGAUUUAUUUGGACCAAGAAAACAUUUGCCUGAAAAUGCCCGAAGAUUUUUUAACUCUGACAACUCCGGAUGCUUCAAGCAAAAAUAAAUGGUUUCACUGUUUGCAGAAUGCUAUUAAAGUUGCUUUGAAUAAGUUGGAUUUGAUUCAGCCUCCUUUGGUUAGAAGUGGGAGUUAUACUUUUGUUAAAAGUGGAUUUUUUAAGGAUGGGACUUAUAGUGGCAGAUGGUUGAGUGGGAAAAUGCAUGGGACGGGGAAGUUUAGGUGGCCUGAUGGUAGAGUUUACAGUGGACAAUUUGAGCAUGGGUUUUUGAAUGGGUUUGGGAUUAUGGAUACACCAAAUGUUGGAAUUUACGAAGGCGAAUGUAAAAACAACAAACCCCAUGGCCAUGGAACUUAUUCCUAUCACAAUGGAGAUAUUUACAAAGGCUAUUUCAUAGAAGGCCUUUUUCAUGGACAUGGACUAUUACGUAAAGGCAAUUUUAUGGCAAAUUCUGCCUCUUUAUACAUUGGAGAAUGGAAUUUAGGCAAAAAAUCUGGCUAUGGUGUAAUGGACGAUAUUUCCACAGGCGAAAAAUAUUUGGGAAAUUGGGCUAAUUGUAAAAAGGAAGGCAAUGGUUCUAUUGUGACUUCAGAAGGGACUUACUAUGAAGGAAAUUUUCAUAAUGAUGCUUUAUUGGGUCAUGGUAUAAUGGUCUCAGAAGACGGAACCCACUACGAAGGUGAAUUCAAAGGCACAGGCCUAAUAGGAGGCAAAGGCAUUCUAACCCUGCCCACAGGCCAUACAAUAGAAGGACUCUUGACUGGCUCAAUGGACCAAGGCAUUAAAAUCACCCAGGGAAUAUUCCAGAAAAAAUAUAGUCAUCAGAAAUCUUUUAGACAAGCACCUGCUCAGAAAUGGCAAGCCUUGUUCAGACAUUGUCAAGGAAUUUUAGGAGACUCAGAAGACACUAGUCAAAUAUGGCAAAAUGUUGCUGUGCAUUUGGCUAGGUCGAAACAAAGUUUAAAUAAUUUGGAUGUUAUACUACCUUUUGGUGAAGACAAACUUAAUGGGAAAUCUUAUAAGGAUAUUAAAACUUAUUUAAGUCGAGCCUUUGAAAGUAAUUUCCAUCCAUUGGGUAAUUUAUUGAAUAAUUUAUGUGAAGCCUACAUAUCUUCAUACAGUGGAAAAAUUCACUUAAUUCUAGUCAACCAUGCUAUUUUAGAAAUUACAGAUUUAACUCAGAGAGUUUACAAAAUUGUUCGUUUAUUAUUUCCUGCUUUGCCUUCUGAGCAAUGUAUAAUUUCUUCUGAGGACAAUAAUGCUUCUAGAACAUCAGAAAUAAUAAUAAAUUAUCAAUCGUUAUUAUACCCAAUAAUUCUACCAAAAAUUUACAAUUGCCUCUACACUUUAUUAAGCUUGAAACAUGAAAUUGAAGACAUAAAAUACAAAAACAACUUGAUUGAAUGGAAUAAGUUGCCAGACAAAAACCUAAUGAGUUUACUUGGUGUAGAAAAAAAAUUCCAGAAUUCAAUAUUCAAUGAACCAAUAGAAACCCUUCAGCAAAUAAUCACCAUAUUUCUACCCAAUGAAAAACUUCUAAUUAUUAGAAAAACUAUAGAAAAAAUGACCCCAAUAGCCAAAAAAUUAUUAGGAACUAAUUACGUUUGGAACAUGGAUGAUUUAUUUCCAUUAUUUUUAUACGUAGUGGUGCGUGCCAGGAUUCCUCAUUUGGGUGCCGAAUUGGAAUUUAUGGAACAUUUUAUGGAUAAGAGUAUGGAAAAUGGGGAAUUAGGAAUAAUGUUUACUACUUUAAAAGCAUGUUACCAGCAAAUACUCCAAGACAAAUCGCAUUAUUCUGAUGCUCAAUUAUUGUGAAAUUUUUAUUUAUAAUAAAUUAUAUUUUUAUUUGUUAUUAUAUAUUUUAAGCUUUAAAAAUUGUACCUGUGAUUAUUAUUUAAUUUUUGUGUUUUAUGUUUAUUAGAAUUUUAUGAAUAAAUAAUUAAUUUUUUAACUGAA